AACAGGAGAAAUGAGUACUGUAGUAUGUACAGGGUGUAUAAAGAGUGGAAGGGAGGGAUGAAUGAGGACGUGCCAUACAUUUAAACUUAACAGACUGUAUGAAAACAAACCUCUGAUAUGAUUCGCAAUAACAUUGCCUCUCAUUUUAGAAAGUGAAAGAGCAACUCCUCCUUCUGGGCAAGGGAAGUGUUUGUGUUCCUAGGAAAACACUAAGAGGGAGAACAGGAUAAAAAGCUUGCACACUUUGGAAAACUUGUUGCGGGACUGUUGGUGUUGCUGUUGGAAAAGUUGGCAUCUCAUCAUCUCUGAGAGCACUCCCACAGCUGUUCCUUUCACUCUUACUGCCAAAAUAUUCCUUUACAUGUUCCUAAUGGACAACUCCACAACACAAGCAUCUGGCAUAACUCUAUCAGCCAAAAAUAAUGAUGGAUCAGAUGGUCGUUACUUCGAGGCCAUAGUUGGAGUUGUCAUUGCUGUGGUCGUUCUGGUCCUUCUUCUCGUCAUAGCCAUCGUUUUGCGGUAUAUGUACCAGCAAAAGGGCACGUAUCAUACCAACGAGGCCAAGGGCACAGAGUUUGCAGAGACAGCAGAUGCUGCACUUCGAGGAGACCCGGCCCUGCAGGAUGCCGUGGAUGAGAGCAAGAAAGAAUAUUUCAUAUGAGACACAAUGCCUGGGCCUUUAUGUGCAUCAAAUAACAAACUUCAGGCUGAAUUGAUGUCUGAAUCAUUAAUUGCAUCCUGUUUGCUUAAACAGCCUAACAGCUCACAGACUUUCAGCAAACAGAAAGAAACGUGAAGAGCAUUCGAAAAUCUCUACAUUUUUGAAGGCUUUUUUUAUUUUGUUUCUUGAAGAAAAGAGGUAAAAAGUUUAGUGAAGCAUUUGAUUGGAAACAGGCUUGCAAUUGUAGCCUAAAUUAAGCUGUCAAUCAGCAGGGGCAAACUAGUU